AUGCGCCAAAAACAUCCAAUGAAAUUCUUGCUAUAUGGGCUGGCAAUUUGAAAAGUAUUCAAAAAUCAAGAAAUAUUCCAAAGUUAAUCACUAGCUUUGCGAGAGACCUAAUUGAGUUCAAUGGUACUGGAGAUGAAAUAGCACGAGGUUACAUGAAACAAACGAAUGAAAUCUUGACCGGUACAGCAGGAGAAAGGAUAAAAAAAGACGAGGAGGUUGAGGAGGAAGACGAAUUAAAUGUUCAAAUUUUACAAAACUUUGAUGCAAUACCGGAUGUUAAUCAAGUGUACAGCGAUGACAAGUUUACAGAAGAAAAUCAAACAUGCAAAAAUAAUCUUAAAAGAAAACUAGGAGAUGACGAAUUACCAGGUUACGAUAGAUUAAUUUUUCUUUUUAAUGAUUCGAACGAAGAUAAAAUUAUAGAAAAAAUCGAUGAAAACAUCCUUGAGGAAGAAAGAAAAUUGCCACUAGCGAGUAAUAACAAAGAUUCAUCUAAAUUUAUAUUUGAUGAAAUGUUGAAUGCAUUCCAAACAUAUCAAAAUAAGAUUCCUAAAGCCCGCAGACAAUUAUCCCAAGAUUUCGCUAAUCAUAUCAAAUGGAAAUACGAAUUGGUCUCAAAAGAUAUUCAGGAUUACUUCGAUAGCAGUUGCGAAAUACUUGGCAAUAGCGAUGAGAAUAAAGACCUAAAACAUUUUGAUUCAAAUGUACAAUUUUUGAAAAAUAAUAUACAUUUUUUUCAAGAAAUGUUGAUGGAAGAACACUUGAAAAUGACAUCAUCGUAUCCGUUGUUUCAUGGAACAUUUACGUCCGAUCGUAUAAAACACUCCUGGGGGGAGAUUCAUGUUCUUUCAAGCAGUGAUACCCGUAAUGAAAAGUCAGAUCCAUUUAAAAAAGCACGAAUGGGUAAGAAAGUCGAUAUGAAAGUAACAUUGUUAAAAACACCAAAUAAAUUUGAGGCACUUUUUGGUGAAGUUUCAGGUGAGCUAGGACAAUUUGGAAUUCCCACAGCUUGUCGCAAGAAACGGUUCUUGGAUAAAGUGAAAUUAAUAGUAACAAUGCGGGAUAGUAUAAAUCGUCUAUUAAAAGAAUAUAAUUAUGUAUCUAACGAAAAAAGAUUAGAUAUUAUAGUUUUUGGCUGGCUUCAAUUUGAUUGGAUGGGAUCUGGUGUAUAUAGAUUCGGGUUGAUAGAUCAAUGCAGAAUACCUGCCGAUAUUGAUGAUUGCGACAUAUUGGAAAAUGCAUAUUGCAUUCUAAAAUUGCUUCAA